AUGGACGAACUGUCUGUAGAAGUAUGCGGCAGCAAUGGGGCAUAUUACAAGGCAUUCGUUAAGAACAUUCAUGAUGAAGAGGUUACAGUAGCAUUUGAAAAUGACUGGACUCCAGAACGACGUGUUCCUUUUAGUGAUGUGCGUCUUCCACCAGUCAGUAUAGAAAAUAAUGAACUUAAAGCCGGUGAUGAAGUUGAGGUUUAUUCACGUUCUAGUGAAGAUGAGCCAUGUGGUUGGUGGUUAGCCAAAAUUAGUAUGGUCAAGGGGGAGUUUUUUGUGAUAGAAUAUGUUGGCUGGGAUGCAACAUUCAAUGAAAUAGUGCAAGGUGACAGGCUACGACCCAAAAAUAUCAACCCAUCAAUUAAUAAAAAUACCUUCUUCAAGUGUUGUAUAGAUGUGCCUCAAGAUCUUAAAGAAUACUGUAGGAUUGAAACUAACCAUCGUGAAUUCAAGAAAGCUUGUGGCGUAUCAUCUGUACUCCAUAAUGCAGAUCUAGAUGCUUUAGUAAUCUUGUCAACUUCGUCUUCAGCCGUCCACAAAGCCUUGCUUUUGAGUGAUAUGCAUUUUCGAAGCCUUCGCACAAAAUUAAUGCUGAAGACCAGGACAGAGGAAGCUGCUCAACAGCUUGAGUUAUUACCACAGGUAACAAAGCAGCAAACAGAAGGGUGUGUUGAGGAAUUUUCAGUUCGAGAAGACUUAAUGGGACUUUCCAUUGGAUCACAUGGUGCCAAUAUACAAGCUGCAAGAAAAAUAGAAGGAGUAAAAAGAAUUGAUUUAGAUGAAAAUAAUUGUACAUUUAGAAUUUAUGGAGAUGAACCUGAUGCUGUUCGUAAAGCAAGAAAUAUGUUAGAGUUUGGUGAAGAUUUAGUGACAGUACCAAGAAAUUUAGUUGGUAAAGUUAUUGGCAAGAAUGGUAGAGUAAUACAAGAAAUAGUUGAUAAGUCAGGAGUGGUUCGAGUAAAGAUUGAAGGAGAUAAUGAACGAGAUGAGAAAGCUAAAGAAGAAGGUCUUGUACCAUUUCUGUUUGUUGGUACUAAAGAAAAUAUUGGAAAUGCUACAACACUGCUGGAGUAUCACCUUGUACAUCUCAAGGAAGUUGAGCAGCUUCGAAUAGAGAAACUGCAAAUUGAUGAACAGCUUCGACAUCUUGGAGCAGGUUUUGUUCCUGGUCCUUACUUCCCACCACCAAGAGAGCGAAGAGGAGAAAAAGGCUACGCUUCUGAUGCAACUGAUGAUUAUAACAGAGGACGGGGUAGAGGUGGAAGAGGAAGACGAUGGGGAAAUGACAGGAGGAUAAGUGGUGAUAGCCAAGAUAGAGAUAUUUAUUCUGACAAUGAGGCUGUAAGGAGGAGAAAUUGGUCAGAUCAAGUAGAUGACCAUGGUCGUGAUACAUCAUUUCGUGGAGGUAGAGGAGGUUACGGUAUGGCUCGUGGGCGAGGUAGGGGACGUGGUCGCGGUGGUGGAUUUUCAUUCAGAGCUGAUUUUUCUCAUCGUGCUCCAAUAGCAAACAGUGAAACAGAAGAUGACAGUCAAGCUGGGGAUAGCCGUAGACGCCAGCAUGAUGAGGAGAAUACAAUUUUAGGAGAAGAAUCAACGACAACUGUAGAUGAAGAGACUACAGGUACAGAAAAAGAAGAUGGGCCAGAUAGGAACCAGAAAACUCCUAAGCGGAAUCGUCGUCGCCGCAAGAACAGAACACCACCAUCUCCAAUCCAUGAACCUGCAAACACCAAUGAAGACACAGACACCAGCAAAGCAAACUCCCCAGAAGUACAACGAAGACAACGCAGUAGACCUACCACACAGAGAGGUACUGGUCAUCCGCGGCCAAAUAAUAAUUAUUAUGACAACUAUCGGUCAAGUAACCGACCCUUUCGUGGAAGGCCUCCUAUUUAUUCAAACCCAAAUAAUCAUCAUAAUACAAAUAAUAAACAGGAUAAUAAGCCAGUAACAUCAACCCAGUCUCUAAAUAGUGGUGACAAAUCAUCUUCUUCAACUGGUUCUCCAAAACAACAAAGGAUGCAACGCCCACCCCGUGAAACCAGAACGCGUGAAAAUGCCAAAGCAGCAACAGCUUCAACAAAUCAUAAUGGUACCCCCAACUCUGAAACUGCUAUCAAUGACAGUGGAAAACAUAGUAAACCUGAAAGUAAAUCUGUAGCAGGUAAAGGCAAAGUAAGCAUAACACUCAAGUCAGAAACACCUGCUGGUAAUUUAGUCAAUGGUACAGCGUAGAAAUACAAUUAUUAAAACAUGUAAAAAGUAAAAAAAAAAGUCCUUAAAUUUGUAUAAUGUGCAAAACCUUUGUUUGUUUAGUAUUAAAUUAAAUUAAUUUUGUUAUUAUAGUUGGUGUGUAUGUAGCAGUGCAAGUGCAAUAAGACUGCCCCCCCCCCCCCCCUGUCAAAUAUUGAUGAUUGGCUAUCAAUUCAAAUGUUAAUACCCCUUAGGCCAACCCUAAACAAAUUUUUGUACUACAUGCUCAUCACACUUUUAUGUAUGUACAUUUUUAAAGGACUAUCUUUAUUCAAAACUAACUGUUUACCUAACCAUUUCCAUAGUGUGGAAACACUGUAUUAGUUGUCUUAUACCCUGUAUUACACUAUAAUGCCUUAGCUGUAUAGUUGUUAAGAAUAUGUUCAGAUUUGGUCGUAUUACAAGGGUACUGUGGGGGCAUCAACUCAACACAGUAGCACAACAAACUGGCUGUAGGAAUAGCCUAGAUAACAAUUUUCCAGUAAUUCAUUAUAUUUUAAAAUAAUACACAAAAAAAAAACAAAAAAAACUUCUAGUUUGGAUUGGUUGUAUUAAGGAAAAUAUUGAAUUCUCUGAAGACAGUAAAAAAAAAGAUUUUUUGUAAAUUAUUUUUUUUUUUGCAAAUAUUUACUAGUAUGGCUGUGAGUGGCACAGAUAAGUUUAAUUUUUGUGAUGUAUUAUUUGGUAUUUAUUCAUUUACACGAAAAUUAUUUGACAAGCUUUCGUGUAACGUUUGUACAGGUAGCAAUUUGUCAUUUUUAUAUUAUAAUUUGGAGUGCAAACAAAGCAUUGAAUCUUGAGUGCCUUCCUCAGUGUAGUUGAAUGUGCUCAGUAUAUUCAUUGAUCACAUGGAGGUAGCAGCCCCUCUUGCUUUUAUUACAUUGUAUAUUAGAAUCUGCUUAGUGUUUUGUAGUUUUUGACAACCACGCACUGUACAGUAUCUUAUUCACCUUUUACCAUUUAUUUUUUUCCCAUAAAAUAAGUGAAAUUUAUGCAAAAAAAUGGCAUUUUCAGGUGCUAUCAUUUAGAGAGUAAUUUUAACACAACCAACAUAUCCAAUAUUCUAUAUUAAGAUAAAAGUAGUUAGUACAGGUGAAAUUACUUAAACAGGUCUGUAUCUUUCAUUUUAUUGAAAACAUUGAUCUACUGCAGAUUUAUUUUUGGUAUUGUUCACCUACUUACUGUUGGUGAUUGGGUUUGGUAUCUGUUUUCUGUGCCAGUGUGCACGUCUUGGCAGUCUCCUUCAAUUCUUAGUGUUCACCAAGAAAUGCAUGGUAUUUUAUGUCUUCCCACUCUAAUGGAGAAAAUGCUGCACACUUUUAUAAACAUUGCGAGUACCCAGUAGUAAAAGUAGUAAACCCACAAAUAUUCUAUGUCGAUCAAAUUCCUCUUUUGCCUUUCAAGCAUAAAACGUAACUGUUGACAUAACAUAGCAAGAUGUGUAUCCCAAAAAUAACUUUACUUGGCAUUUUUAUGGUGAACUUAAGAAAUGGUGAAAAUUUCUUAUUUGCAUGGAAGGUUGAUUGUUUAAUAGUUCUUCCUUGUGUGAAUAAGAUAGGGAGAUUUUUUCUAGUAUUUUGACACAUUGCUUUACCCCAUAGACUUGAAAAGUACAUUGAAAGUAAUGAUUUUUACUCAAAGAAAAUAAAUAUCCAUUGGUUAACUUGUA